CUGGCCAAAAAGAAGGACAUUCCGAAACCCACCUGCGACCCAAUCGACGCAAUUGCACGCUCAGGUUACGUUGCGUUCGCCCUCAGAGUUGCUUACUUAUGCGACACACACACACACGGGCAGAAAACGAGCAGUUUUUGCCUGGCCUGUGGCUGUGUGCACGCGGCGAGAGGAAUGAGCCGAUCUGAUCUUGUUCUGGCCUACAGCCGAGAGAAUGAUGGAACCCACCGCAAGGACAGUGUAUUGGUUGUUGCUGGGGGCCAGAGAGUGUCAACCCCGCGGCGCAAUCUUGCAAGCACAUCGGUCAGCACAAUACCACCGCUAGACAGCGCGUCGUGGAGACGGCUGCCCAAAUUUCAACGGCGUUUCUACGAGUUCCUUGUGUACUCGCACAACCUGCCGAUUGGAGAAGGCAAUGAAUAUGGCAACCACCGUGAUGCACGUUUCGUUUCAGACAACAUCUCCCAUCAGCGUGCCUACGAGGACGCCUCACCGAACGCCUACAGCGGUUACCAUGGCGACGACUCCGGCAUCAACGCGUACGAUGAAGAGGAGGAGGAGGUGGAGGACGCGACGCGGAAGCCUCUGCAUUCGGGUGAUGAAAAGGUCGUCUAUGCACCGUCUGGCCGAGACAUCUACUCGCCGUACGGCGGCAUGGAUGUGCGCUUAGCGCAGUUUGUCAGCCAACACAACGUCAAUAUGAACGACGGAGCAAUUGUGUACACCGUUUCCGACGGAGAAAAAAGUGGAACUAGAAAACCCAGUUUUAAUUUGCCCUCUGCCUCACCGACUUCUAACCGAAGGUCAUUCACUCGUCCAUGCGGUUGCAGUCGACAUCAGUUCGUGUGGUCCAUAUGUGUCCUCGUCUUGUUGGUCGCGCUGCUCGCCAUUGGGAUAGCCCUGGGGGUCAUCUACGGGGGCCCAAGUCCACUAACAUUUCCCGAGGCUGAACCGUGGUGGACUCAUGGCCUCGUCUACCAGAUCCACGUGCCGACCUUCGCGAACGACAUCAGUGGAAGUCUCGGCAGGCUGAAGGAUGUCACACCCAGAAUGGUGUACCUGGCCAGUAGACUACAAGCAACAGCGGCCAUCCUAACCGGCCUCCUCGAAGCCGAUAAGAACGGAGUGCGUAAUUGGAAGGCCAUCAACCAGGACACCAACCCGGAAGGUGAUCCGGUCGACGUCCUGCUCGCUGACCUUGAAGCGUCAGCUCGUACCAACGGCAUCGAGCUGAUGCUGGGGAUGCCGUUGUACUCCACAAGCGACCGACAUCAAUGGUUCACCCAGAGUGUCGAGAUGAAUCCUCCCAAAUUCGCAAACUUCUACCUCUGGAGAAAGGAGGCGCCAAUCAAUGCAAUUGAAGCGCGCUACUACACCUUUAGCCAGGUGCGGCAUGAAUACUAUCGACACGUACACGGAAAUCCAGGCGCGCCGCUGCUCAAUCUGACGGAUGUCGAGGUUCAAACGGAAAUGCAAUCUGUCCUAGCAUUUUGGAAGGAGAAACUUGGGAUCAGCGGGGUAGUCAUUACAAAUUCCACAAACCUUCUCAGGGAAAUGGCAGCUCCAUUGACGAAAAUCCUUUCCUCAGCUGUCACUGGCGAGUGUACUAACAUGGGUGAUUUUUGGAAGAAAGAACCAAUUAACUGGCCGCAAUUUUCUCGUCUAAUUGUAGAACAAACCAGCACAUUUACAUGGCUGGCAGACAACACGGCUGUAGAUUCGAUGUUUGGAAACAAAGACCUGUGCUACUGUGAGAUAAUCAGUAAUGAACGCAUCACAACGCGCACCGAAGAUGUUUCGGCACAGCUGUAUUCCAUACUUGCAGAUUUGAAGCAGAAGACGUGUUCUCCAGUGUGGAGGCUUGUCCAGCUCUCGGCCGACUUCACAGACUACUUCACACUCCAAAAAACCACAAAUUUUCUGCCUGGUUUGACAAUGAUGGCGGCGGGUGAGGAAGUUGAGCUCAUGACAGGGUCGACAGAGCUUAUCCAAUGGAAUGCCACAGACCCAGAAAACUUUCAGACCUACUGGCCAAUCAACGUGCUUCCCGAGCAGACGGCUCAAGGUCGACUGGAAGAGUGGGCCAACUUUCGUUGGAAGACCGUGGGAUUGCCAGGGAAUAUAUUCAACACAGGCUGGAAUGACAGCGAGGUGGCUGUGACAUCCGUGCCGCGGACAGAAAAUCUUUUCGUCGUUCGACGAACCUACAGCCCCAAUCCGCUCCACGUGUCAACGUUUUUUGUUAGUUUUCAGGCCCUAAACGCCUACACCAACCUCGGCGAUGUGGUCGCUGAUCCCCAAGGCGAUGCAAGUGUUCAACUGAUUUAUGAAGGCAGAAAUUUAUUUACCGACAAUAAACUCGCGCUUGAUUGGGUUUAUCUGACAAAUAAUGACGUUUUUAUUACGUUAUCGUAG